AUGCUUCCCACCAUCGCCCUCGCAGCUCUGGCCCUGGCACCGGCCGUCCAAGCAGUCCCCCAUCACAAACGAAUCGAACCUAUCACCUCGCCUCACGGAGUUUACAAACGCUGCGGCGCCGUCUCCAGAUAUUAUGGCCAGCACACCGCCGACUGGGACACCUACCAAACCGGUGACUGGCUCAACAAUUGGUGGAACUCCCAUUCCAGCCUAAUGGGCAACAACACCGGCGGAUUUUCCGGCGCCUUUGGACAAUGGGCAAUGGGCAACCCGGACUGGUCAUGCCGAGACGACGGCUCAGAUUCGGACUGCGAUCUGUCGCUGUGUGAUAACCGGGUCCUGAAUAACCGGGGCCAAGAUAUUCGCAACACCUACUAUAUUCUGGAGUCUGUAAACCGUCUGCAUACUUAUUUCAUUGGUAUUGGAGAGGCUUUUACUACUGCUGCGCUUGGGGCGGCGCUUUCGAAGGAUUCGUGGGCUACUACGUUCUAUACGGAUAAGGAUGACAAGAGUGUUACUGCAUUAAAGGAGGCGCUGAACGCUGUUGCUACCAUUGUUGGCAUUGGCGCUUCUUUUGCCGGCCUGGCUGGGCCUCUUACUGGAGCUGUUGCUGGUGCUGGGUCGGCUCUUAUGGGUGGUGCAAAUGGUGCUACAAGUUCUAUUGUGGGACAGCACACAGAUGACUCAUUCCAGAAAUCCGCCGAUCUAGGCGGCCUACUAGGCACGAUCGUGACCGACUCUCUCAAGUCCUUCACAACAGCCAACAACCAGCUCAUGGGUGGCCAAAGCUACAGCAACGCUGACAUUCGCACCUAUAUUUCCGGUGGUGCCUUCCUGGAGUAUGAAGGCGUUGACAAGAAUGCCGUCACAGAUGCCAUGACCAACAUGCUAAUCGGAACUUCCGUCAACCAGCUCUACCGCACCCAGAAGGUCUUUGUCAUGGGCGGUGGUGCAUGUGGUGAUAACCAAGGAAUCGGCUCUGGCCCCCAGGAAGCAGUCGUCUGUCGCGACGGAAAGGCCUGGUACCUGUACUAUUGGCAGGAGAAUGACGUGAUCUCGACUACCUCGCACCAGUGGGGAUGGGUUGCUUCGCCUCCGGGAGCUGACUCGCUGGGUCAAAGUGAGUACAGUGGUGUUACUGUUGAGGACAUCAUCAACUCCUCGCUCGACGCCUACAAUGUCGCCGGUUACGGCUACAAUGCUGACACUGCCAAAUCACGGGCUGAGGAUGCUAUCACGAAUGCCUGGGCAAACCCCGGCUCGGAGGGUGCAGCUUGGGAAGGCAUAUUUACAAUACCGGUUUGCGAUAUUGGUGCUGCUGUCGAUGCGGAUUAUCAAGACAAGGAGUAUAUUCUGCAGCCCUAUGGCCACGAUAGCCGCCCUGUCUGGUGCGGUGCAAUCUGCGGUGGCGAUGCGCAAAAGACAAAGGACUUCAUCAGUGCUGCUAAUAUGGAUGGAUUCGAGAGUCCUAAACACUUGUGCGACCAGGAUCCUGGGUACUAG